AUGUGUCGACUUCCUGUCAUGAAAAACGUAAACACAAAUAAUAAAGUUGGCACCAGUUUUUCAUUUUAGAACAGAACAGACGAUCUAACCACGUCAACUACAUUAAAAAAAUACCCGACUGAGAUGCAUAAAAACAAACCAAUACCUGAACGACCUAAACCACCGUCCUUUAAAGAAAUAAUCGAAGAUGUAGAUAGUGCUCCAAAUGACGACGUGGUCUUCUCUCCAUAUUCCUCUUCUGAUGAUAUUAAAGAAAAGUCUACAGCUUUAGAAGAAUCCUAUUUGGAAACAUCUGAGUUGAAUAUUGAGAAUGAAAGCCCACAGGAUGAGGCAUAUGAUCAGGCAGUUGAGUUUAUAAAACUUACAAACAAGUUAGAAAGUGCACCAACAUUACUUGAUGAACAGUUCAGAAGACUACAAGAACUUAAGUCAGAAGUUUCAAAAUCUAUAAACAAACUUAAAGAAUCAUCAGAGGCAUUGCAGUCUUAGCAUACAAUGUAUUUGAUUGUUAAAAUGCUUCAAAAUCGUGAUAGUGUUCAUUAGAAAUAUUUAUAAAUAUGAAAAGUGGUGAAUGUUGUUUAAUAGUUUUAAUAUUUAUUUUUGAUGUCUUAGUAAUGAUGUAUUAUGAAAUUAAAAGGUAUAUACAUGUACAUAAUAUGAAUGUACAACUUAAAAUAAAUGGUUACUGUGAAUUAAGCAAAAAGUCUAUACCAGCAUACAACAAUGUACAAAUGAAAUAAAGUUAGACUGAAAAUCAA